AUGUCGCCCUCAGCUUUCCGACAGCCGCUUUAUCUGCAACUUAAAGUCGACUUCAUGUGGCCUUUUCAUAACUUUGACACCGAUGAGGGAAAAUAUGUCAACUUGACUCCAGAAGAUCUCGAAUUCCUCCGCAAGUACAAACAAGUACGUUUAAAGCUGCCUGCAACCACGCCGAAUCCCACGGAAGAUACUCUGCCAUCUUUUCGCGGAUGCGCAGACGUGCGCGUCUAUCGCGUGCGGUUCUGUCUCGACGGCGUGCGAUUGCAGCGUGACAUCCGCAGUCCCAGCAAUCACAUCGUUCUAGAUGUCAACCUGACCCACGAGGGCGAUAGCACUUACUAUGACCGUUUCGGCAACUGGCAUGCAUUUACCCAUGACCCCAUCGAUGUCAAACCGUCUUUUCGUGUGUUGCCAUCGCCGGAUGGUGGUAGUGCUCAUCUUUCCGCCCUGGACAACGGUGCUAUUGUUUCGACUGUCCCUACAGCUGGAGGCCUUCAGAAGUAUGCCGCUCCGAGCCCAUUUGCGACGUGA